AUACAGAAACAAGCGAUUGAAACUCGCUACUACAAAUCUCCGCGUCUAAAAACUACAACUCCCAGCUUGCGGAUGUGACGUCACCUUCGCGGGAAAGUGAAGCAGCGUGUGGAUCCUGUGUGAAUGAGUGUGUGUUGGGGUUUCUGGCUGAGUGUUUAUAAAAUUGAGGAGGAUGCUGGCUGGACUGCAGUGUCCCGGCUAUCCUGAAGCCAAACUAAGCUCUGUGAGCGAACGGCUUCCCUGUAGAGAGGGACAGGCAGGAACGCUGCUGGCUCUAAUGGGGGAGCCGGAGCAGUACUGCUUCCCCUCCAUCUUUAUCUAUGGCCACCGAGCCACGGGGAAGAGCCAUGUGAUCCUCACCCUGCUGAAAGAACUGGAGGUUCCUCAUGCAGCGGUGAGCUGUGUGGAGUGUGUAUCUGCAGGGCUGCUGUUUGAGCAGGUUCUGUUAGCGAUGUUUGGUUCCGAGUCGGCCACUCUGCUCCCUCGCUCUCCCUCUCUCUCAGACUUCGUUCGGAUCUACAGGCAGUUCUGCGCUCAGAAACCGGCCCAGCAGACCCGGUACAUUGUUCUGGAGAGAGCGGAGCUGCUCAGAGAUAUGGAAGCCAACCUGCUGCCUGGACUGCUACGUCUACAGGAACUGGUGGAUGAUAAUGUGACCGUCAUCCUGCUGAGUGAGAUCGUGUGGGAUAAGUUUCGGCCGAACACUGGCUGCUUCGAGCCUCUGCUGCUACACUUCCCUGAUUAUACUAAAGCGGAGCUGCUGCAGAUCCUGUCUCUGGACAGUAACCCAUCCUACUCUCCUGAACUCUACUCCUCCUACAUCAACAUCCUGCUGGGGGUCUUCUACUCCGUCUGCAGAGACCUGAGAGAACUACGCCACCUGGCUGCCCUCAAUUUCCCCAAGUUCUGUGAGCCUCUAGAGAAGGGAGAAGCUAAAGAGAGCGACACCCACAAGCUCUGGAGGAACAUUGAGCCUCACCUGAAGAGAGCCAUGCAGACCGUGUACCUGAGAGAGGUGUCUAGUGUUCAAUGGGAGCAGCAGCAGAUGGAGGAGAAGGAGGCCACAGCUCUUAGAGGUUUAUCAGCUCAUGCUCAUGCUCAUGUGGAGUUACCGUAUUACUCCAAGUUCCUGCUGAUCGCGGCAUACCUGGCCUCAUAUAACCCGGCCCGGACCGACCGACGCUUCUUCCUCAAGCAUCAUGGGAAAAUUAAGAAAACCAAUUUCUUGAAGAAGCAUGAAAAAACUAGUAACCAUCUGUUGGGACCGAAACCAUUUCCUCUGGACAGACUGUUGGCCAUCUUCUACAGUGUGGUGGAUAGCAGAGUGGCGCCAACUGCCAGCGUCUUCUCCCAGAUUUCCUCUCUGGUCACCCUGCAGCUCCUCACCCAGGUCGGACACGACGACCAGCUGGACUCUCCCAAAUACAAGUGUGCUGUUUCACUGGACUUUAUUUCUGCUAUCUCCAGGACCGUGAGCUUUGAUAUUGUGAGAUAUCUGUAUGACUUCCUGUGAAGAAUCUGACCACUGAUUGGACAGUGUUUUGGGAUCACCCUGAUGGACAGAUCAGCAAGUUGGCAGGAGAAUGGACUACAAGCAUUUUAAUUGGCUGAUACCUAAGACAUGGAGACCAUAUUUCAUGACUGUUGGAUAAUGUCAUCUUACCUGCCAUCAGAUUUACUUUAGACCUGAUUUAGGUGUAAUAAAGACUUCCUGUAGCUACUUAAACUUCAUGCAGAGGUACAUAUUUAUAUAAUGUGUUUUUUACUUGGACAUUGCAUUUCUGAUUACAGCUAAUGUUUAGCUGAAAUAAGAGCCAUUAUAUGUUUGUGAUUUUGGUGAUAGUGAAAUUUUCACUGUAAACAUUGAUAAACAAUUUGUAAAAAAAAAAUAAUUAAUAAAUGACUAAAUAUUGCAUUUACAUUUUCA